AUGUCUUCUCUUCAUUCCAAUGCUCCAGCGCACUCACUUAGCCAUACCAAGAGGCGAAUCAGAGAAGCUUUCGAUGGUCGGCACUUCGAUGACAUAUUCGAAGAAUUCCAGGAGAAGCCCCUGGGUGUAGGUGCCAUAGCACAAGUGUACAAAGCAAAGCUCAAGCCAGAGCACGCAGCGGCGGGGGACAGCGACGUGCAGGACGCCGUCUCGAGUGUACGGCAGCGAGUUCGCAAGAAUGUGGACAAGGUCGUGAAGAGCACUCCACAACGAGUACCUUCGUCUUACGUGGCAAUCAAAGUCCUACAUCCGAAGGUCGAACGUCUUGUGCGCCGAGAUCUCAAAAUCAUGGGCUUCUUUGCCGCAGUGAUAGAUGCAAUACCAACAUUAGAAUGGUUUGACUUCCCGAAUGAAGUCUCCCAAUUUGGGGAAAUGAUGCGCUUGCAAUUAGACCUACGUAUCGAGGCCGCGAACCUGACUAUGUUUCGAAAGAAGUUCAAAGACCGAACAACGGCCUGGUUCCCAUUUCCAUAUACUGAACAUACCAGUCGGCAGGUGCUGAUUGAAGAAUUCGCAUCUGGGAUACCGCUCGCAGCUUUCCUCGAAGAUGGGGGUGGCGUCUUCCAGAGAGAAAUUGCAGACGAAGGCCUCGAUGCAUUCCUACGCAUGCUUCUCAUCGACAACUUCAUUCACGCAGACCUGCAUCCCGGCAACAUCAUGGUGCGCUUCUAUCAACCUGAACAGAUCGACCUUUCUUUCGGACGACAUAAGUCAUCCAGUUCUCCGCUCAACUCCAAAGAUGUCACAGAAGAAGUCCUUCAGCAACUCCGUCCAUACCGACACCACCCUAAAGAAUGGGCACAGCAGCUCGACCAAAUCGACAAAGAAGGCUAUCGACCUCAACUCAUCUUCAUAGACACUGGCCUCGUCACCGCGCUUAACGCUAAAAAUCGUCGCAAUUUCCUCGAUCUCUUCAAAGCAAUUGCAGAAUUCGAUGGAUAUCGAGCAGGCAACCUCAUGGUUGAGCGCUGUCGUCAGCCCGAAUCUGUCAUCGACAAGGAAGUCUUUGCUCUCAAGAUGCAACACCUGGUCCUUGGCGUCAAAUCCCGCACUUUCGCGCUGGGCAACAUCUCAAUCAGCGACGUUCUCAACCAGGUCUUGAGCAUGGUACGUGGCCAUCAUGUGCGCAUGGAGGGUGAUUUCGUCAAUGUAGUCAUCAGCAUUUUGUUGUUAGAGGGCAUUGGGAGGACCUUGAAUCCCGAUCUCGACCUAUUCAAGAGUGCCCUGCCAAUUCUCCGAAACCUGGGUGCUCAAGGCGGCGGUAAAGAUCUAGUCAGGACUGCCAUGGAAGGUGAUACGAGUAUGCUGAAAGUGUGGGUUGGACUUGAGGCUAGAAGAUUCUUGCAAGCUAGCGCGGAUCAGGUCGAAUAUUGCGUCAAAGCAGAUCAAUUGAGUCCAAACGUUUGA